UCUUGGUUGAACCUCUCUACCUGCCCGUUGGUUUGAGGGUGGAAACCGGAAGUCAGAGAAAGCUUCGCCCCCAGAGCUGUGCAGAACUCCUUCUAGAGCCGGGCGGUGAACUGGGGUCCCAGAUCUGACAGUAUGUCCUGGGGUAGUCCAUGGAGCCGGAAUACAUGUCUUACCAAGAGCUGUGCGGUCUGGAGGGCUGAUGGCAAUCUCCUAAGAGGAAUCAGAUGACAGGCUUUAGAAAACCUGUCCACUAUAGUCAUAAUGGUUGUCAUACCGCGAGAAGACGGUAAGCCUGUGACAAAGUCUACUGCAAUGUGGGACCAAGGGCGGAGAGGUACAGCAAGCGGCUGCAUGAGGCCCGGGGGUGGUCGGCUCGACGUCUUGUUCCGUGCACAUACUGGGCAGGCAGAUACAAAUUCUCUGACAUCACGAUGCAGUGUGGGCCUCCAGAAUCGCCUGGCAACAGCUGCGAUAGUUCGACUGGCCCCCAGGUGAAUGGAUAUAUGACAGGUUCUUAUGAUCGGUCCAAACCAGCACAGGCAACUCAGACCCCUCCAGCCAAUGCCGCCACUCCUCCAAGGCGAGUUUAAUGGCCAGCAGUUCUUUGUCCCCAACAUCAUAAUUCCUCUCUGCAGGCCCCAGGCGACGGGAGAAAAAGGCACAGGGGUGAAGCUUGCCGUCCUGGCUCUGACGCUGAGAGAGCACCGCUCCAACCCCAGUAUCAGAAGCAUCCACUUCCAAGGUGAAUUGCACUCCAGGAUCAGGAUGAAUGAGCACCAGCGCUUGAGCGAAUUUCAGCUUCGGGAGACCAGGUGAAGGGUACUCUGAUGGAUGUUAAUGCUGUCAGAGGGCUGGCGAUGCGGCUGUAGUUCUGGAUAAACCUCCUAUAGAAAUUAGCGAACCCCAAAAACCACUGCAACUGCUUUCGAGUGGUUGGCGUUGGCCAGUUCUCCACAGCCUUCACCUUGUCCGGAUCAGCGCGAACCUGCCCACCCUCAAGGAUAAAACCUAAAAAGCUGAUGGAAGUUUGGUGGAAGUGGCACUUCUCCGCCUUAACGAAUAGUUGGUUUUCCAGGAGGCGCUGCAGGACCAAGCGUACAUGACGCUGGUGCUCUUCAACAGUUCUGGAAAAAAUCAAGAUGUCGUCCGGAUAUACAAAAACAAAUAAAUCCAAAAAAUCUCUUAAGACGUCAUUUACAAGAGUCUGAAAAACUGCAGGUGCGUUGCACAAUCCAAACGGCAUCACCAAAUAUUCAAAGUGCCCGAGAAGUGUCUUGAACGCCGUCUUCCACUCAUCCCCCCGGCAGAUCCUAACUAAAUGAUAUGCGUUUCUAAGGUCGAGCUUGGUAAAGAUGGUAGCCCCAUGAACAGGCUCAAAAGUCGCUGAGAGAAGAGGUAAUGGGUACCUAUUUUUAACUGUAAUGGCCUAAUUUAUGCAGAGCAACAACUGUAACACCAUGCAGCUCAGGACCAUUCUAUAUAAAUUCCAACCUUUACGUUUGUCUCAGUUUAAAGUUGUCCUGAUUGAAAAAUAUCAUAGAAAUGUGUAUGUUUUCUGAAGUAGAAUAAAGGUGCAAAAAUCUGAGUGCAGAAUUAUCCAGUUCAAAUUUGACCAGUCCAAGUAAUUUUUGAUUUUGAACCAGGGUUGAUCAGGCAUAUUAUGUUUCAGUGCUUACAUGAUGUAUAACUCAAACCGCAUUAGUUGGAAAGGCAAAGAAAAGCACCAGAAAAGUCAGUUGGGGGCAGCUGAUGGAAGCUUCUCUUCUUCUUUGGAGAGAGGGAGCUGCAGCACCCCAUCACUGAAGGGCGCCCUGGGCAUCAAGCCAUGUUGACAAAUUGACCAAAUCAGCUUGUCCAGAGUACUAUUUAUUUCUAGGAUUCAUUUCUAGCAAAGACUUUCACGUAAUCUUAAUCUGAUUUUAAGUGAUAGUUGUUUUGUUUCUCAGCCUUUCUCAUUUAUUUAGCUAGUCAUUACUUCUGAAUAAAAGAUUUAAAACACUGAGAAGCAGAUGACUCGAGGAAUAAACCUGUGUUGUGUCUACCUGACAGAGAGCCAAAAUUUUAAUAUUUAAAAUUUGCCACUUUAUUACUCUAUCUCAGCCAAAGUGAGUUUCAACAGGGACUCAAAUAAGCAAUGGUGGCCACUUCUAACUCCUACAAAACAACACAGAAAGGCUAAAAGUAAAUUUUUCGAAAAUGAAUAAUAAAUAUAACCAAAGACUGUAAAAAGACAAAAAUGAUGGCUGUAUUCCUUCUGGUUUCUGUACCUCUAAUGUGUUGCCUCAUUUAUUCAAAUAGCUGCUAAAUGAAUCAUGAUUGUUCUCAUAUGGUUUAUUUAGCUGAAAUAUUCGCAUUUUUACGUUUUUAUGAGACAACCCUAAAUAAUUUAGUCAUGGUAAGUAGUCCUGUUAAAGAAUUUAAAAAAUGUUAUUCUGGUGACAACAACAAGAAAUAUGAUUAAGAUCCGAGAGAUUAACAAGUUUAAAAAACAGGCCAGAAAAUCUCUGAGUGUUAUAUGGGUUUUACCACAAGGGGGCGCCCUAUCACCACUGGAAAACCUUCGGGGCUUUCCUCCAACAAGCUAAGCAUCUCUUCUUGCGUCCAAUCGCAAGAGUGCCAAAAACCUAAGUGAGAAAAGAGCCAGAGGCUGGCGUUUGUUUCUGCAGAGUUUUGCACCGCAGGGAUCCCAGCGCCUGAGAGCCCCGGGCUUUGAAGAGCCAGACUGCUGAGGCUUGUUUUGCAGACACAAUCAGCACACUGAUCCCAAGUGCAGCAACCUUAAAAAGACUGAGGAGUGCUGCUCCCCGUUUGAAUCUCAGCUGACAACAAGAAGGACUGGAGUGAAGGGUCACUGAGCUCAGACGAUCUCCUUUCACUGACUGACAGUAAUACACACAAGGGAAACAUACUUGGACACAACCCUCCAGGACUACAUAAAAGCUCAGCAUUUUGCACAGUGUUGUGGACACACAUCAAGCCCCAACUUUGCAGAAGUUAACACAGGCCCUUUAAGCAGGAUGAGGGAACCUCUGAGGUGCCUGCUGGGCCUGUUCCUCCUCCUAAGUUCAGCCUCCACCCACAGUGCCACUAAUCCAUUCGCAGGGCAGCAGACCUCCUUAGACCCUUGCUAUGAUGAAACAGGAGCGGCCCGACGCUGUAUCCCUGAAUUUAUAAAUGCAGCCUUUGGCAAAGAUGUGACUGUGUCCAGCGUCUGUGGCCGGCCUCCGACCCGCUCCUGCAGUGUUGUUGAGCGCAGUGAUGAGCGGCCCUCUGUACGUGCGUGUCAAAUUUGUGACUCAUCUGACCCCCGUCGUGCCCACCCUGCCUCCUACCUGACUGACCUAAACUCAGCCCACAAUCUCACCUGCUGGCAGUCAGAGAAUCUGAACACAUCUCCACACAAUGUGACUCUCACCCUCUCUUUGGGUAAAAAGUUUGAGAUCACUUAUGUCAGUCUGCAGUUCUGCUCUCCACGACCCGAGUCCCUGGCCAUAUACAAGAGCAUGGACUAUGGCAAGACCUGGAUGCCCUAUCAGUUUUACUCCUCGCAGUGCAGACGUAUGUACAACAAGCCCAACAAAGCAACUAUUACAAAACAGAAUGAGCAGGAGGCCCUGUGCACAGAUGGCCACACUGAAAUGUACCCACUUUCUGGAGGCCUUAUUGCUUUCAGCACUCUGGAUGGACGACCCUCUGGUAAAGACUUUGACAACAGCCCUGUCCUUCAGGACUGGGUCACAGUUACUGAUAUUCGUGUGGUCUUUAGUCGGCCCCAGGUUCCCAGGGAGCUUGUUUUGGGCUCUGGAAGCAACAUUGGAGGAAGGGACGAUGACCCAAUGGCAGUAACUUCAACAUUACCAACAUAUUUCUAUGCAGUGGGAGACUUCCAAGUGGGUGGAAGGUGUAAAUGCAACGGCCAUGCCUCACGUUGUCUAAAAGACAAGGAAGGGAAGCUGGUAUGUGACUGCAAACACAACACAGAAGGGCCUGAAUGUGACCGGUGCAAGCCCUUUCACUACGACCGACCAUGGCAGAGGGCCAAUGCUCGAGAGGCCAAUGAGUGUCUGCCGUGCAACUGCAACCUCCAUGCCCGCCGUUGUCGAUUCAACAUGGAGCUUUACAAGCUAUCCGGAAGAAAAAGUGGAGGGGUCUGCAUGAACUGUCGUCACAAUACAGCCGGACGCCACUGUCACUACUGCAAGGAGGGGUUUUACCGAGACAUGGCUCGACCAAUUACUCACAGACGAGCCUGCAAAGCCUGUGACUGCCACCCAGUGGGCGCCGCAGGCAAGACAUGCAACCAAACCACCGGACAGUGUCCAUGCAAGGACGGCGUCACUGGCAUCACCUGCAAUCGUUGUGCCAAGGGCUACCAGCAGAGCCGCUCACCUGUGGCCCCCUGCAUCAAAAUCCCUGUGGUCAACCCUACAGCUGCGGUGAGCAGCACGGAGGAGCCAGCAGAUUGCGAGUCCUAUUGUAAACCAGUGAAAGGGAACCUUAAGAUCAAUAUGAAGAAGUACUGCAAAAAGGACUAUGCGGUCCAAGUGAAUGUGCUGGACAUGGAGAUGGUCGGGGACUGGGCCAAGUUCUCGGUCAGCAUCGUGUCCGUGUACAAAAGCCGUGGAGAGCCCUUAAAGAGGGGCGACAACAUCCUGUGGGUACACAUGAAGGACCUGGCCUGCAAAUGUCCAAAGAUCCAGAUGAGCAAACGAUUCCUGGUGAUGGGAGGCACUGAGGGAGGCACGGGCCCAGUGGUGGGUCCAGGAGUCGGGCCUGGAGGAGGGGUUUCCAGUCCAGGGACAGAGCGAGUAGGCCUGGUGGCUGAUAAGAACAGCCUUGUGAUCCAGUGGAGGGACGUUUGGACAAGACGUCUGAGGAAGUUUCAACGCAAAGAAAAGAAGGGAAAAUGCAGCAAAGCGUGAUGUAAAAGCAGUGCCCAUCCAUACCUCUCUUCAACACAAGCCUUCAUGAACUCUUACUGUUUUUCCCUGAGUCAGUUCUCUUCCUUUACCAUGGGAACACUACGCAUACAAAGACAGCUGCAUGUACCUUCCUUGUUUUAAGGACCAAUGUUUUGUGUACAUUAUAUAAUUAUUUUAUCUUUCUUUCAAGGACUGUCUCUGCAAUGCCAAUUGUCUUUUUCUCCAAUUGGUUUGCCUUAAAAAGGGACCAAUUAAAAAGGGUUUGAGUUUUAGACAAAAGCAGGCACCAUUCAUUAAUAAACAGCAGAAAUGUUCAAAUGUCCAACGCUUACAUCCAUCUGACCUCUGACCUCAAACUGGUACAAGUGACUGUCUUCUGCUUCUUUGCUUUAGUGCUUUAUGUACCACAAGACUGACCACGAGUGUUCACACUCAACACUUUGCUGAGGACAUAAUUUCACAGUGAUCAUCAUUUCCUGAGAUGGACUGACUUCAGCAACCGCUUGGCCACCUUACUGGACCAUAACAUGACGUUCAGCACAGAAAAUGGGCCUACUUGCUCUGAGACUUUUUGUUCACAUUGUUCGACUGCACCUAAGAAACUUUUGUCCCAUGAGGAACUAAGGGCUCCCCUACAAGGGACAUUUCUCCCUAGCGAACCUCAGUCAUACCACCACUACUGCUGCUGCUGCUGCUGCUGC